GGGCGGAGACUCCACCGCCCCCACCUGUCGGCCGCUGGUCGGGGGCGGGGUCUGUCCCGUAGGGUCCGCCCCCGGCCCCAGAGCCCGGGGCGCGCGACGAGAUAUAAGGCAGCCGGAAACAAUGCGCCUGCAUCUCGCGCUCCCGCGCCGAUCCCGGGAGCGUCCGGGCUGCCGUGCGCGAGCGAGGGCGGGGGCGCGCACGAGGGGGGGCGCGCUCACUGGCGCGCAUGUGCCUGUGUGCGGGCUGCCGGGCUGCCCCGAGCCGGCGGGGAGCCGGUCCGCUCCAGGUGGCGGGCUGCCGGAGCGAGGGAGCGGACAUGGACUUCGACUCGUACCAGCACUAUUUCUACGACUAUGACUGCGGGGAAGAUUUCUACCGCUCCACGGCGCCCAGUGAGGACAUCUGGAAGAAAUUCGAGCUGGUGCCGUCGCCCCCCACGUCGCCGCCCUGGGGCUCAGGUCCAGGCGCCGGGGACUCAGCCCCUGGAAUUGGUCCCCCGGAGCCUUGGCCCGGAGGGGGCGCCGGGGAAGAGGCGGAAUCCCGGGGCCAUUCGAAAGCUUGGGGCAGGAACUACGCCUCCAUCAUCCGUCGCGACUGCAUGUGGAGUGGUUUCUCCGCCCGGGAACGACUGGAGAGAGCGGUGAGCGACCGGCUCGCCGCCGGCGCACCCCGGGGGAACCCGCCCAAGGCGCCCGCCGCCCCAGACUGCGCUCCCAGCCUCGAAGCCGGCAACCCGGCUCCCGCUGCCCCCGGUCCGCUAGGCGAGCCCAAGACCCAGGCCUGCUCGGGGUCCGAGAGCCCAAGCGACUCGGAGGGUGAAGAAAUUGAUGUCGUGACAGUGGAGAAGAGACAGUCCCUGGGUGUACGGAAGCCAGUCACCAUCACAGUGCGGGCAGACCCUUUGGACCCCUGCAUGAAACACUUCCACAUCUCCAUCCAUCAGCAACAGCACAACUACGCUGCCCGUUUUCCUCCAGAAAGCUGUUCGCAAGGAGGGGCUCCAGAGAGAGGUCCCCACGAAGAGGCUCUGGAGAGGGAUGCCCCAGAGGAAAAGGAAGAAGAGGCAGACGAGGAGAUUGUGAGUCCCCCACCUGUAGAAAGCGAGGCUCCCCAGUCCUGCCACCCCAAACCUGUCAGUUCUGACACCGAGGACGUGACCAAGAGGAAGAACCACAACUUCCUGGAGCGCAAACGGCGGAAUGACCUCCGUUCUAGGUUCUUGGCCCUGAGGGACCAGGUACCCACCCUGGCCAGCUGCUCCAAGGCCCCCAAAGUGGUGAUCCUGAGCAAGGCCUUGGAGUACUUGCAAGCCCUCGUGGGGGCCGAGAAGAGGAUGGCCACGGAGAAAAGGCAGCUCCGAUGCCGGCAGCAGCAGCUGCAGAAGAGAAUUGCGUACCUCAGUGGCUACUAGGUGACCAAAAAGCCUGACUGCUGUGCCUUACAGAGGCCUGAGUCUAUUUUUUCACCUUCCUUCUCCCCCUUCGUAAUUUGCACAUCUUGGUUACAGUGGGACAGUCCAAACAGUACAUUCCAGAAUGCAGUGUGGCCGGUGCACACACUCUAAGGGCUUGCGUUCUCGGAAACCUUGAAACCCAGCUCUCCCUCUUCCCUGACUCACAGGAGCACUGGGUCUUCGGGCGCCUUUGGCUUCUCAGGCAGGCAGCGGACUGAGGAGACCCGGGGUCUGCCUAGCUCACUGGCUCGGAAGAAAAGCCUGACAGAUGCUAUGCAACAGGUGGUGGACGUUGUUGGGGGGCUCCCGCCUGCAUGAAAUCUCACACUCCGGCUGAGCUUGAGGCUGGGAAAGGAUGCUCCCACUGGUGUCUCUGGGGUGACGCUAGGACAGCUGGGCCCGGACGCUCUCCCUGAGGCUCUUCUUUCCAGGAGACACACGAGCUGUCUUGGGUGAAGACAGGCUCACAGACUUGAUCAACAUGGACCAUUACCUCACUGUCAGACACUUUACGGUAGCUGAGGAGUUGGAAACCUUUAAUAUAUAUAUAAAUAUAUAUAAUGAUAUUAGCCAACACCCCUCCUCCCACUCCAAAUGCUGCGACCUUGAGAACAUUUAAAGAGCUUGGCCUCUAGGUUCUUUGUCUCGAAGCGCUCUGGGCCCUUUCCUCUGAGGGAGAAAGCAUUCUGUCCCCACAAGGGACUUUUUUGUUUCCUUCUGCCUGCACCCCUUUCCCACAGGUCAGAAAUAUUUCCACAAGACGCUGGGAAAUGGGUCCUAGCCUGCGGCCUGGGGAAGGCUUGGAGUCCUGGCUGUGAAGGGGGUUAUCUGCCCAGGUGUUUUCCGUCUUGGAAUCUUUUUCUCAAGGCAGAUGUCAGGCAUCUCCGGAGGGAGAACUCUACCACUUCCUCUUUCCCACUUCCCUCUGCUCUCCAUCCCUGACUGGUAAGUUUGAAGUUCUACUAGAACCAUGCAAACUGUCCUAGUGCAACUCCAAGGAGCUUGAUUGCUGGCCCUACAGCCACCCUGGGGCCCCUUGCCAGCCUGACAUGAGUCAAAUCUCUUUCCUAGCGUCUGGGCCUUACUGAAGUUCUUGCUGAGAGAGCUGCUGGGACUCAUCCAGUGCUCCAGAAGGUGGACUAGUUUCCUGAUGGGUUUUAAAGGAGCUUCCAGGAGCUCUGCUUAGCCGACCAUGGAUUUUGCCCCAGGUGAACUUGGUACCUCCGAGUGGAUUCCAGGUGCAGCCUCCAGUCUAGAAAGGCAUCCAACCCAACAGGUGUCCUGUGGGCAACCUCAGGAGCCCCUAAGCCUGGCCUGGAAGAAAGAUCAACCCCUUCAGAACCCUGCCCAGGGCAGCAGGCGCCUACUGGCUGUGGUUUUGAAAGUGGGGGAGGGGAGGGUGGUAGAACACGCUCUGUGGCUCUGGAAACCCAGCUGCUACUUCGAAACUUAUUAUGCACAGUGGUCUGUUUCUGAGGUCACUUCCUGGGCUCAGAGAACCCCAGUGGAAGUUUGGGGAAAAAAAAACCUCUCUACCUUCUGGAGUAUGGUUUUCGGGAGCCAACUGACUUCUGGAACUGUCUUUGGAGAACAGGUGGGAUGUGGGUUACUGAUGUAUCACCCGAAUAGCUUGUGUUUUAUAAGCUGCUGUUGGGUAUUAGGCUGGGAGCAGUGGUUUAUUUGUUUUUUGGUUUUUUAAUGCCGUAUUUUUGUAUGCCUUUUGCAAAGUGGUGUUCAUUGUUUUUGUACAAGAAAAAAAAAACCUCUUGGGCAAUUCUCCUGUUGCAAGAGUCUGAUUUAUUUUGAAAGGCAAGUUUACCUGAAAUUUUGUAUUUAGUUCUAAUUAUUGAUUGUCUAAUUUUAAAAUGUUGCCUUCUGGGACUUCUGCUAAUAAAAGAUUUCUCAAACA